GCCAUGUAUGAUGAUUUUUGCUCCCAACAUAAAAACUAUUGCUCUCAAGAGCUUUAUAGACAAGUCAUAAAGGAUUUAAAUAUAUCUUUAAAAAAUCCCACAAUUGAUAAAUGUGAAGAUUGCUCUACCUAUCAAAAUAUAAUUGAAAAUUCUACUGAUGAGAAUGAAAUUAGAGAUAAUACUACACUUUUGGAAAACCAUAAAGCCAAGGCUUUUGCAGCAACUUCGAAAUAUAAGGAAGAUUCUAAACUGAGUAUCGAGUCAACUUGUAUCUACUCAAUGGACUUACAAAAAGUUAUAUUAAUUCCUAAUAUGCCAGAUACUAAAUCUUCUUUUUUCACCAGUAGACUAGUGGUAUUUAAUGAAACAUUUGCUCAAUUAAAACCAAAUGCCUUAAGCCACUGUGUACUUUGGCAUGAAGCCAUUGCUGGGUGUAAAGCUGAAAAUGUAACUGACUCAAUAUUGGCUUUAAUUAGUAACCAAAGAGAUGUACAAGAUUUUAUUUUCUGGGCUGAUAAUUGCACUGGCCAGAACAAAAAUUGGACCUUAUACACUGCAUUGGUAUGUAACUUAAAUUCAACAAAUUCAUUAUUUCAAAAUACAAAAUCAGUAACAAUGAAAUACCUAACUAAGGGUCAUACCCAUAUGACUGCUGAUGGGGUGCAUGGAAACAUUGAAAAAAAAAUUUAAACAAAUAAGGCAUAUAUAUGACUUUGAAGACCUUAAGAAUUGUAUUUCCCAAAGCCGACAAAAUUUAAAUAUUUUAGAAUUGAAAGAUUUUUAUGAGUGGCAAAACAAAAAAAGGACUACCAAUGUAAAAACAGAUACAUUGUAUGGAUUUAAAAUUAACAGUGUUGUUAUG